AUGGCCUGGCUACCAAGCAGCUGCAAUGGUGCGGAUAAUGCUGAUGACCGCAGCUCAGCCAGUCACUCAAGCUCCUCAUCCUCAGGCAAUGGCGGCAGGCGUGAGGAGAACAACAACAAUAACAGCAACAACACUAACAAUGUUGGAGCCCGACAACCUCCGGCGUUAUUGCGUCAUGCAACACCAUAUGUGCAACCCAAGACGGAGUCCAUCUCGGAUGGCGACGGUGAUCUAUCCGAUUUCUCGACACUGAACGACACCGAAGAGGAUGAGGACGAGUUGCGCGACUACAUUGUCCUAAAUGGCAGCCAGGCAGAUGCUAAUCGAUCGCUAUCCAAUUCGCCGCGCAGUGGUUGCGGUCACAAUCUCUUUGCCAACGGCCAACUGGGUCCACCGAGCAAUGGGAAUGGCAAUGCCACUGGUAAUGGGAUUGGCAAUGGCAAUGGGAGCAGCAGCAGCUCAAACGCUGGCAGUGGCACUGGCCUGGGUGGGCUUGGAAGCGGCAGUGCGUCGAUUGGCAACAGUGUCGGUGGAGGGGGGACGGGUGGGGUGCGCAAGGUGUUCACAAAUACGCGUGAACGUUGGCGCCAGCAGAAUGUUUCCGGCGCCUUUGCCGAGCUGCGCAAGCUGGUGCCAACACAUCCUCCGGACAAGAAGCUGUCGAAGAACGAGAUCCUGCGCUCGGCCAUCAAGUACAUUAAGCUGCUCACGGGCAUACUGGAGUGGCAGCAGCUGGAGCGGCACGCGUCCACGCCCGACGAGCCCAACAAUAAUGACAAUCGCGUGGCCAAUGGCCAUGUGGGCGACGCACUGCGUCACAUCAAAUGCGAACGCUUGGACAGAGUCGACAGCAGCCAGCAGCAGCAUCAACAGCGGGGCAAUGAUUUACUCAUGAUUGCUCCAGGUGCCCAUAUCAAGACGGAGCAGUCGCAGCUGCCCAGCUACGAAGAGACGACACCCAGCAGCAUAAAGGCCACAACGGUUGCCACUCCAGCAGUAUUGCUACCCAUUCCCAUUCCUGCCAUUGCACCUGGAUCUGUGCCACCGCCAUUGCCCGCUAUUGUGACCGUACCGGGAGUCCCGGUAGCUCUAAAGCCAGCUACGGCUAGCAGGAUAACCGCCAGGCGACGCCACAGGACAACAGCAGAGGCCCCCACAUCCGCUGAUCUCACCCACAAUCCAAGCCACAAGCGACGCAAGCCAUGAGCCACACCACAACAACAAUAUCAGCAAUAACAACAACAUCAGCUGGGCAUAGGAACAUAGGAAAUGAUGUGUAAAUUCGUUAAAUUCAUAAAUGUAUAUAUAUAUUUUAGUUGUAAAUUCACUUCAACUUUACGAUGUGAGCUGUGGCUGCAAAAAUCCCAAAUAAAUAGUUUGUGAAUCAUUGAA